AUGACGACAAAAAAAGAUAAUGUUUCUGUACUAGGAGGAACUGUGCUGAAUGCUGGACCAUUAGGCACGGAAUCAACGUAUGGUAAAUUACCACCAUUGAAUCCAGAUGAUCUGAAACUCCCACCUCCUCCUCCAUCAGCUGCAGAUAAAGUGACGGAUACAACAAAUGCAAUCUCUAUUAGUGAAGUGUGGGAGGAGAUGAAGGCUAAGACAAGAGAAAUCAUUAUAGGAACGUCCGUCUCUGGCGUGUUAUCAGCCAUGCGGCUUGCAAACUUGAUGAUGGCUGGCUUCAUGGUUGUUCUUGCUGUGGUACAAAUUAUUGAAUCGAGAUCGGUGUUUUCAGUUAUGGCUGACGCUCUUUCGGUUAUCUACACAAUCUUCUUUGCACUGCUUUUGGUGGGCUAUGAGCUUCGAACAGUCUACAUUGAUCAGCUGAUACGUGCUAGCUUUGGCUUUAUGUACAGCCCUUGGGGUCGAUGUCUGUUUCUUAGCAUGAUUUCGAUCUUUCCAUUUGGAAUGUGCGGUAUCUAUGGCGUUCUGGUGUCGCUCACAGGUUUUGUCAACGCGUACUUCAAUUACUUUGUUAUCACGAAGCAUCCGUCAUUUACGCGUGGAGUCCCCGACUACACGCCGCCUGAGAAGCCUCCCGCAGCCAAGCUUGCGGAAGAGGACGUGACUGUUUAA